UGCUCGCGUCGGAUGGAUUUCAGUCAACAGCUUACCCUCCGAGUAGGUGCGCGCGAGUAGUGAGCUUAAAUUUGAAACACGACCCCACCACCUACAAACGCAUCACAUUUGCUCGAGCAAAUCUGGAUUAACCAAACGACCCAACCAAGCUUGUGGCACGAUGGCCGAUGUGACCGAUGUGCUGGAAGGAAGCACCCCUACGAUGGACGAGUUCGCAGGCGAUGCAAGUAGGCUACUGCUGACGGAGAGUACAACACGGUCGCCAGGACCAAGCGUUGAAGACAUCAGCCGUUCGCUGCAACGCUUCAACUGGCCCGACUAUGUAGUAUUUGUGCUGAUGCUGAUCAGUUGUAUGGUGAUUGGUGUGUUUUUCGGCUACAAGGAUCACCAGAAGCACAAGCGCCAGAAGCAUGCACGACGUGGGUCGGAAGCGCUCGACUAUCUGGUCGGUGGGCGUAAGAUGAAGAUCAUACCCGUGUCGGUGUCGCUGGUGGCGAGCUGGAUCUCGGGCAUCUCGCUGCUAGGGACGUCGACGGAAAUCUACGUUUAUGGUGUGCAGUACUGCUACAUUGUGAGUGCCGUAGUGCUGAUGGGGCUGAUGAUGAACUACAUCUUUCUGCCCGUGUUUCACGAUCUGCAAAUAACGUCCGCGUACGAGUACUUACAAAUGAGAUUCGACAAACGGAUGAGGCUAGUCGGUUCCAUACUGUUUACGUUGGCCAGUAUUUUGUGGCUGCCUAUAGUGAUCUAUGUGCCAGCACUUGCGUUUAAUCAAGUCUCUGGUGUAAACAUUCACGUGAUCACUCCUAUCGUUUGCUUGGUGUGCAUCUUCUACACAAGCCUGGGUGGAUUGAAGGCAGUCGUAUGGACGGAUGUUAUUCAAACCGGCAUCAUGGUCGGUGCAAUGAUUAUAGUGAUCGUCAAAGGCACAGCAGACGUCGGUGGGCUCAGCGUGGUGAUCGAGAGGAACUCUGCCGGUGGAAGAUUUGAAGGCCCCGAUUUCAAUCUAGAUCCAACGGCGCGCAACACCUUCUGGACGCUGCUGAUCGGUGGUACCUUCUUCUGGACGUCGACGAACUCGAUCAACCAGAACAUGAUGCAGCGCUACCUGUCGCUACCUUCGCUAGGAUCUGCCCGUAAGGCACUGGUGCUGUUCCUCGUCGGUACGACCACCCUGCUGGCCAUGUGCUGCUACAACGGACUGCUUAUCUUUGCGAUGUACCACGACUGCGAUCCCCUAUCGACUGGAUUGGCAAAGGCGAAGGAUCAGCUAGUGCCACUGUUGGUGAUGGAGGUGCUUGGUGAAUAUCCGGGCCUGGCCGGUUUGUUCGUGGCCGGUAUAUUCAGUGCUGCGCUGAGCUCCCUCUCCACCGCACUCAAUUCGCUGUCCGCCAUUGUGCUGGAGGAUUUCUGCAAACCGUUCGUGUCGAAGCCGCUGACGGAAACGCAAACGCGCUACAUUAUGCGCUUUACCGUGCUGGCGUUUGGUGCACUGGCCGUUAUGAUGGUGAUCGUUGUGGAGAAGAUGGGUGCCGUACUGCAGCUGUCGAUGAGCUUGGGUCCGGUCACGCUCGGACCACUGUUUGGGCUGUUCCUGAUGGGUUUCUUCUUCCCGCGCAUUAAUGGCAGUUGUGCCAUCUUGGGAACAACGGCAGGACUAGUGCUGAUGUCGUACAUUGUGAUACGGUCACAAAUAUCGAUCGCGCUGAAGGAAAUUGUGUUCGCCGAGAAGCCGGUCACCGUGGAAGGCUGUCUGUACGAGUUUACGCCGAAAAAUGGUACGCUCUUUGAAGCGGACUCAACGCCCGGGGAGAAGUCACUGCAUCACGUGUCCUUCCUCUACUACACCAUGAUCGGCUCGGUAGUGCCGACGAUUGUGGGGUAUUUGGCCUCGUUCGUUUUACCGCGCUCGAAAACCGACGACAUUGAUCCGCUGCUGUUGGCACCGUUUCUGCGCCGUUUCUACCGCGCCCGGGACACUAAGGCUAAUCACAUGACAGAGGUGUUGCACGAGUUCGAAACCAAAGACAUACAGCUGUAAGACGGCUGGGCGGCUGCAUCUGUGACGGCAGCACGUGGUACAAAGCCGAGCGCCACUAUCUUUGUACAGUAAUUGUUCGGAUUAGAGUAUUAAUGGAAGGAAAGCAUGGGAUGUAGUCUGUAGCACAAUGAGGGGAGUAUGGGCAAUGACCUGAAAUUAAGAAAUAAAAACAUUCCACCAAAGA